CUUCAGCGCUGGAUUCCGUUGGCGCUCAUUGUACAGUUUUUCUUUUAUAUGGCCUGGACAAAAGUUGCAAUGGUUCUAAUCAAUCCUUUUGGCGAAGACGACGACGACUUCGAAGUAAACGCACUGAUUGAUCGCAAUUUUAAGAUUGGAAUGCGCAUAGCGGAUGCGCAAAAUAAUAGUAUUCCCGUUCAACGAAAAGAUUCGUUUUGGAAUCGUGAUAUUGAGACGCUGUAUAGUGAACAGUCUGCUAAAAUCAAUGAGAAACUGGAUGGUUUGGUCGGAUCCGCAGCAAGGCUUGAGUAUACUGUUAUUUCUUAUUAA